CACCGCCCCGCUGCCACCCUCUGCCCCGGCCUUCCCCCGCGGGCUCCUGUCUGGACGUGUCGGGACUCGGGCUCCGGGCGCUGAGUAAUGCGCGGCGCAGCGCGAUCCCAGGCAGAGCCGCCGCCGCCGCUCCGCGCCCAGCGCUGCCGGGCCGCUCCGGCCGGGACCCCGCGCGCUCCGCCGGCGACGCGGCCACAGCGGGGGCGGCGGGGGGGCCGCGGCCGCCCAUGUGCCUGCGGGCCCCGCGGGAGCCGCAGCGCCGCGAGCCCCCCCGGACGCCCUGCCCAAGCCCGCCGCGGCUCCGGAGCCCCGGGGCGGCGCGGGCGCCCUGGGGAGCGGCGGCGGAGCGCGCCCCGCGGGCCGGGGGCGCGGCGGCCGCCCCCCCCGGCCCCCCGGCGCGUCCCCCCAUGGGAGGCUGAGCCGGGGGGCUGAGCGCGGCGGGGCGGCGGGCGCGCAGCCCUCGCCGGGCUCGGCGGGCGCUGGGGCGGCGGGAGGCGGGGGGGGCAUCCCGGGAGGAUGGCAGAGCCGCCCCGGCGAGCCGAGCCCCGGCGCGCAGGGAGCCAGUGAGAGGGAGGAGAGGGGAAAACACAAACAAGCAAACAACCCACAACAAACAAAGCGGGCAGAGAGCAGCGCCGAGCCCCGCCGCCCCUGCCCCAAAGGCGCCCGCCCGCCCGCAGCCCGCACAGCCGCUGCCCCAGCGAAGAUGCGGCCGGCCCUGGCCCACGGACUCUGCUCGCUGCUGCUCAGCCUCUGGGUGCCCAGCUCCUGCUCCAAUGAAAUCCUGGGCCUGAAGCUGCCUUCAGAGCCGGUGCUGAACGCCAACACGGUGUGCCUGACCCUGCCGGGGCUGACCCGGCGGCAGCUGGAGGUGUGCGUGCGCCACCCCGACGUGACGGCUUCUGCUAUCCAGGGCAUCCAGAUUGCCAUCCAUGAGUGUCAGCACCAGUUCAGGGACCAGCGAUGGAACUGCUCCAGCCUCGAGACCAAGAACAAGAUCCCCUACGAGAGCAUCAUCUUCAGCAGAGGCUUCCGGGAGAGCGCCUUUGCCUAUGCCAUCGCUGCCGCCGGCGUGGUGCACGCUGUCUCCAACGCCUGCGCCCUCGGCAAGCUGCAGGCCUGCGGCUGCGACCAGAAGCGCCGGGGCGAUGAGGAGGCUUUUCGCCGCAAGCUGCAUCAUCUCCAGCUGGAGGCCAUGAACCGAGGCAAAGGCAUGGUGCACGGGGUGCACAUGGAGCACAUGCCAGCUGAGACCCCUGGCCUCCAGGACUCCUGGGAGUGGGGAGGCUGCAGCCCCGAUGUGGACUAUGGGGAGAAGUUUUCCAAGGACUUCCUUGAUUCCCGGGAAACCUACAGGGACAUCCACUCGCGCAUGAGGCUGCACAACAACCGCGUGGGCCGGCAGGUGGUGAUGGACAACAUGCGGAGGAAGUGCAAAUGCCAUGGCACCUCGGGGAGCUGCCAGCUGAAGACCUGUUGGCAGGUGACGCCCGAGUUUCGCCUUGUGGGAUCGCUGCUCAAGGACCGCUUCUACGGGGCCACCCUCAUCCGGCCCCACAAUCGCAACGCGGGGCAGCUGGAGCCAGGCCACGCUCGGCACCGCCGCCGGGCCAGCAUCAGCGAGCUGGUCUACUUUGAGAAGUCACCCGACUUCUGCGAGCGGGAGCCGGCCCUGGACUCCUUGGGCACGCAAGGGCGCCUGUGCAACAAGACCAGUCCGGGCAUGGACAACUGCGAGAGUCUGUGCUGCGGCCGCGGGCACAACAUCCUGCGGCAGACCCGCAGUGAGCGCUGCAACUGCAAGUUCCACUGGUGCUGCUUCGUGGCGUGCGAGGAGUGCCGCAUCACCGAGUGGGUCAGCGUCUGCAAGUAGCCCAGCAGGGACAGGCGCCUGCCCCAGGGUGCCUGGGACAAGCACGCCUGCCCGGGGCGGGAGGGAGACAGGGAUCAGCGCUGGGAGGGAGAUCGAGCUGCGGCACCUGCUUCCCUCCACGCCAGGCAAAGGUGAGCAGGAGAGGAGAUGUUCAGCACGAGGGCGGCCCGGCCCUCCAAAACCAGCACUUUGUCAUCACCCAGGGAGGGCAGGGCUGCCCACUGCCUGCCCAGCCUCACACCAGAGCACCGGGGCUCCCGGCCGGGGGAGCGCACCGUCAUGCUGUACAGACCGCCGACACCAGCACUGCUCGGGGGGCGGAAGGUGGGCACGGGAGGGGGCAGCCCGCUGACACCCAGAGGGACGCGGCAGGGUGGGGUGGGGACCGCAGGGCAUGGGAGCCCAGGGGGAGGGUGGGGGGGACACACCGGCACAGUGCAUGGCCUCCUCCAACCUCGCACAAGGCUGUGCUCCAAGCGGGAUGGGGAUAGAGGACAAACAUCCCACGGGACAGAGACAAAGGCACAGCACACUGGCCUGGAGCCCAGCUCAACCAGGGCAUGGCCAGGUCCAGGUUGGGCUGCAGCAUGGAGGAUUUCCAUAGGGGCUGGAGGGGAGGCGCCCGGGGCCGUGCUGUGUGUGCCUGUGUUAUUGUAUGGUAAGUUAUUUCCUGAUUGUGAAUAAAAGUGGAUUGGAGACAGCA